UUUAGGCUGAUGGGAUGUUGAAAGGUUAUUCUGAGCAGACUUCAGCCUCUCUGGGUUGUUACAGCUUCUCUCCUUUGGCAUUUAAUCAGAGAGGAUGAGUUCCAUUCAAAAUCCGGGCAGAUGAGAAUGGGCCCCGAUGUACCCCUGCUGGAUUACCACAAACGAGAUUUCGUCUUGAGGCGGUUUACGCAGACUGCUUUGGGUGGCCCUCGGUUGAAGUUGGGGCAGAGCGCACCGUCUUACGUCUUUGUGAACCAGAUUGUUCUGUUCCUGACGCCAUGGGUGCUGGGAGGAGUGGGGACGGUUCUCUACCAGUUAGGCGUUCUGCAAGACUACGGCACAGCCGCGCUUUCCGGAGGACUCAUGCUAGCUGCCGCCGCUGUCAUCCAGGGCAUGGCUUUAGAGGUGAGACGGAGGAGGGUAUCAGCGCAAAGAGUGCCGAUGCACAACAACCUCACGGAUGAAGACCUGUGGGAGUUUACGAGCUGCGCGGGUCCAGAAACUGUGAAGUUCCUUAUUCCAGGGAAGAAAUACGUCACCAACGUCAUCAGUCACUCGGUUCUCGCCGGGGUGCUGUGCGCAUUAGGAACUUGGUACUUGCUACCAAACAGGCUCACCUCGCUGUACGGCGGUAACGUCGGCGCUUCCAUUACACUCUUCGUGUUUGGGUGGCUGACGGUUUGCGUAGGGGAGUACUCCUUAAUCGUCAGCACUCCUGCAGAGACUGCUGUUUUCCAAGUGCUGGACACAUACGAAAUUACGGCUCUCAUGAGACCUUUCUACAUUUUGGUCUUCGUCGCAGUCGAUCUCACUGACAGGUUCACUGCUGACGUACCUGGUUUAAAGCUGGCGAACCAGAUUUUGCACGUUGUGUUUUUGUUCUUGCCUGUCUUCUGGAUGCUGGGGGUUCUGCCGCCUCUGGAUGCGCUUUUCCUCUGGGGAAUGGAACAGCUGUUGGAGUUUGGUCUUGGAGGCUCACCCAUGUCCAGCGACAUCAGGUUGCUAGGAAUGGUCCUUGUCUCUGUGGGAACAGCCGUUGCUUCAUAUUUCAUCCCCAGCUCUGUUGGCGUAGUCAUUUUCAUGACUGGAUUUGGUUUUGUGCUGAGUCUGGACCUCUGUAAGACUGGGUUUGCCCUCAAGGUUUUCACAAUCGGCUGUUUUGCUGUUAAAAAAUUUCAGGACAUGACCACUUGUUGCAGGACACAGUUUCAGUGGAGGGAAACCAUUUUCUAUUUGACUGUCUUCCCUUUGGCUCUCCUAGAAGCCAGUCUUUUGCACUACAAGCUUGGUUCUCAGGCGUUCUCUAAAACCAGCCUCCAAGCGGUUAUGAGCUACGUACUGAUGGUGCUGCUCGUGGUUAUGUUGAUUCUGCAAGAGGUUCAGACAGUGUACGUGUUCGGAAUCUUCCGGAAUCCGUUUUACCCAAAAGACGUCACAGUUGUGAACGGGUUUGUGGAGAAGCAAAAAGGGCUUUCGAGGAUUGGUGCUUUCCGAAGGAUUUUAACUACUGUGGUGUCACCGUUUGCUUUGAUAGCAUUUCUUUCCCUGGACAAUUCUCUGCAUCAUCUCCCGUCCGUGUCUCUUUCCAUUGGAUUCACAAGAAGCUUCAGGAUGGUAUGGCAAAAUACAGAGUGUGUCCUCUUAGAUGCGGUGGUGGUGUCCACGAUACAGCUGCUGAUGUUUGAUACCGACCUUUGGUGGAACAGAAGCCUCAAUACGGGAACCAGACUCUUACUGGUUGGCUUCAUCCGGAACCGACUGUUUCAGUUUGUCUCAAAACUGCAGUUUGCGAUAACCGUUCUUUGGACCUCGUGGGCGGAGAAGAAACAGCGCCGAACCUCCUCCGCCCCCCUGAUUAUGCUCAACGUCAUUUUCUUCCCUGUCCUCCUGACCCUCAUAGCAGUCUGCGCGCUGCUGUCUUCCCCCUUGCUGCCCCUUUUCAGCCUCCCUGUCUUCCUGAUCGGCUUUCCGAGGCCUAUCCGAAGCUGGCCGGGACCAGUGGGUGAGGCUGCCUACCUGUGUCAAGACACCGUCUAUUACCAGCAAAUGGUUCCCAGCUUAGCUACGGCUUUGCAAUCCGCUUUCUCAUCUGGUAGCCUGGGCCUCUGUUUACCCGGGUCUCACUACCUGUGCCGAUUUCAGGACCGACUGGUGUGGAUCCAUGUCGUGGAGAGAGGCUACACUUACUGCUGCGUUAAUAUCAAGGGGUUAGAACUGGAGGAGACCUCUUGCCAUACCGCCGAAGUUCGUCGAAUCGAUGACAUUUUCGAAACGGCUUUUGAAUGCAAGGACCACCCUCGGAGGUCUUCCCUCAACUGUCAUUUUGGGAACCUCUUAACGCCACGCACGGUUCUGCCCACGAAACUCUAUUCAGAUGCCAGGAACGUCUUGUCUGGGAUCAUCGACUUGCCGGAGAACCGCCAGCAGAUGAAAGACGAUUUCAUCAAAGUCCUCUUGUGGCUGAUGGUCCAACAUUGCUAUACGAAGUUAAAAAGGGCAGAGUCGCCCGGCAAAGCCCAGAAGCGAGACUCUCCCCCGUCGACGCCAUCCAAAGUUUUGAGCAAGGCCGGAAAAAGAACGAGCAUCCAGUUGUCCAGGUCCGAUAGUCUCAGCAUGGAGUCGAUAGACGACUGGACCGACAAUAGACACCUUUUCGAUCUCGAACCCGGCAGGAGAACCUCGGGAGCAAAAGGAAGUUUGCCAAGACUCUUCUCUUCUCUACCGGGAUCGGUAGAAAUAGAAGAUGAACUAGAAGAUAGACUUUACACAUCGAUGCUUCCAGCUUUGCCUACGUUGAGCGCUGGAAAGCGGCAAGUAUCAAGGCCUCUCCCUGGGCCGCCCCCUGUUACGUUUAGUAGCCGCUCUUCUGAGCUGUUGGCCGUUCCCAGUCAGUGGAGAACGGCGCCUUACCUGGAAGCUGAGUGGAAGGAAAUGGGGCAGAUGUUCCCAGAAGACUGGUUCUGCUUUGUUCUUCGCCGGCCGUAUUUCUCUCGCCCGAAAGACGGUCAUUUUGGUUUGCUUGGAGAUUUUAUGAAAGACCCUGCUUUGCGGGAAGUGUACCUCCAGGCAGUCUUACCCUGUUGGAUCGGUAUGUUUGGAGCAGAGCAGAGCCUCCCGUCUCCUGGUCAAAUCGUCCGAACGUACAACGGAGACAUCCCCUGGUCGACUUGCAUGCGUUGGCUGGAAGGAAAGCAGGAGUUGUUUCGGCUGGCGUUGAGAGCAUUCAGAUACACAGUGAAGCUAAUGGUGGAUCAAGCCAGCCUGGGCCCGUUUGAAAACUUUGAGGAGCUGCUGAGCUGCCUGGAGGGAUACGAAAGCGACUGGUUUAUCGGGGUGGCGUCUGAAAAGGAGUGGCAGCAGGCCGUUCUCCGAGAAAAACCGUUUCUGUUUUCCUUGGGGUUUGACGCCGAGAAGGGCGUCUGCACCAGCCGCACACUGACCCUUCAGGAAUUUCCGCUGCCGGUGGGGAAACUCCGCGGUGAAGCUGUCCGAGGCCAGUGGGCCAACCUCAGCUGGGAGAUGCUCUACGCCACCAACGACGACGAGGAACGCUUCAGCGUGCAAGCGCAUCUCUUCCUUCUGAGGAACCUGAGCGUGCAAGCAGCAGAUCCGCCACACGGCUCCCCGGUUUAUUCCUCCGCACCUCUCCACGUGCCUUUGCUCUAG